GAUGAUUCAGGGGCUGACAGGAAGCCCGCCACCGGGCCGGCCGCCCGCCAGUGUCUGCGGCGUCUGCUGGCAGCUGGGUCAGGUGCGUGGGUCAGGAUGAGGCAGCCACAGUGAGGAGCCCCGAUUCCCAGCUUUGCAGGCGGAGUGGCCGAGAGCGGACAUGAGCACCGAGACUGAGACUGAGCUGCUGUGGCCAGGGGCGGCCCUGCUGCUGCUGCUGGGGGCAGUGGCCGGCCUGUGUAUGCGCUGUUCCCGCCCAGGUACGAAGCGGUCUGAGAAAAUCUACCAGCAAAGGAGCCUGCACGAGAAUCAACAGAGCUUCGCAGUGGCCCGGACCUAUUCCCUGGUCAGGCAGGCCUGGCCAGGGCCCCUGGCGGACACGGCCUCUGACGUGGAGCCGGCAAGGAAGGACAAGCUGCUGCGCUUCUCCCCCAGCCUCGAGGAUCCUGCAUCCGCCAGGUACCAGGACUUCAGCAAAGGAAGCAGGCAUGGGACAGACGCGGCCUACAUAGACCCCAUCACCAUGGAGUGUUACAACUGGGGGUGGUUCCAGAAGCCCCCGGCAGAUGACGAUGAUACCAAUUCCUAUGAGAACGUGCUCAUCUGCAAGCAGACCACUGAGUCAGGCGAUGAGGAGUCUGAGGACUAUCAGAACUCGGCAUCCAUCCAGCAGUGGCAGGAGUCCAGGAGGGUCAUGGAGCAAGUCCUGAGAGAAGCGCCUGCCGCCUGGGCAGGGAGCCCGGACGAGGACGGCGGGGAGCCCGACUAUGUGAACGGGGAUGUGGCGGCCACAGAAGCCUAGAGAAGACCUGGGAGCCUCUCCAUCUUCACUGAAGGAGCCCAGGGACCCCCAAGCUCACAGGACUGUCACUCGCCCCCCGAGAGUCCCUCCUCUAGAGCUGCUCGCCUCCUAGACCCCAGGCACGGUGACCCCAGCACGUCUCGAGGACCAUCCACCUGAAAGGACAGUCCCACAUGGAAUCACCCUCCAACCAGCCUCCAGGGGGCAGGAGCCUGGCCGGCUGCCCAGGGCCAGCCACACUCCCACGCCCACAUCUAAAAUUCAUGGCACAACUCCGGUGUUCGCAUCCUUUUUGCUUUGGAUUUAGAUCGUACAUUGCUUACUCCUGUCGGCUGCUGGGUUUGCUGUGAUUGGUCAGUUUGCACAGUUAAUUUAUAUAGGUGGAGCCAUAUUUAACAUUCUGCAUUUCCGGGUAGCGUCUGUCUGUCUGGCCUCCUGUAAGCAUUACACACACGUAACCUCAGCAGACAUUCAGGGGCCCGGGCACUCCUGUCUUUGGGCCUCGGCUCACUCAGGAGAUGACCUUUCGGUGGCAGUGUCUGCUGUGGACAAGCCACCACAAGCUCUGGAGAAGGACCAGCAGAGUGGAGGAGUGGCCAGGAGCGGCCCCGGAAAUCCUCUGCUCCAGGGCUGGCCUCAGCUGAGCCGACUGGGCAGAAACAGACGGUCUCGUGGGAGGGCAGGGGCCCGAGGGGCCCUUCUGAGUCAGAACAGCCAGAGUGAGGGAUAAAAAGGCCUCCUCCAAACACAAUGUCUCAAUAAACCGUUCUAGCGCA